AUGUCUCAUCAAAAACAGGUCCAAAAUAACAACACCGAAGAUGACAUGUGUGUAGUCGGCGGUACAAUUGUCCCAGUGGCCUCGGACGAGCAUAAGAUACUCGAACAUGCUGAGCAAGGACCAAAUCCUGGACCACCUUCGGCCCAGGGCGAGAGCGUCGGGGAUAUUUUUAAACGCCGCAUGAAGGACCAUCGCCGCUUGAGACGCUGGAAGGCUUGGUUUGAGGCACAACAGAUCUUCAUAAAUACUACUGGGCAGCAAUUCGCCGCAGAAAAUCGAGGACAGGGGCCGGUCCUUGUGCCAGAACCCGCUUGGUUGCAUCGACAGGCGGCUCUCAUGGGACAAGAGGCGGUGCGCAUAGCACAGCAAGUGCCUUAUAUGGAACAGCAGCCAGGCUUUGGAGCACAGACUGUCUUGACCCCUGAUACGCCUCAGCAUGACAGUCAAGUGGCAGGCACCAAUAAAAAUCGUAUGUCUGUUCUAGAGGAAGCCCUUGACGGCACAGAUCCGCCACUACUCGCAAGCUCCAAGCAAUCUCUUGCAGAGUACCUGAUCUUCAAGAAAAGACCAUGUUCGAGUCGCAGAAACUCUGAGCCAAUAGAUAUUCUGCCUUUCGCGACUACAUCAACGCUACCACUGCCGAGUUGGAUGAUCCAUUUGCGCAGGAUGACGCUACCGAUUUUGGACUCCUUGCAUUGA